AUGUUUGGCAAGCGGACAGUAAGAAGCAACAUUAUUAAAUCGAGUGACAUGAAAAUUCUUAUGGACAAUGAUGAGGUGGCAGAUGGAUGGAAACAAUAUGUAGAAAGUCUCUAUGGUGAUGCAGAAUGUUUUGAGGGAAUAGAAAACGAGGACGAUGUACCUUUUGAUGAGUUGGGACCACCGAUUGCUUUUCCAGAAAUGGAAAAAGCACUACAUGAUCUCAAGUCAAAGAAAGCUUAUGGAGUAGAUGAUAUUCCUGCUGAACUUCUGCAAGCGCUCAAUGAAGAGAUGAGAAACGUUCUAUUUACCCUUUUGAAUGAGAUAUAUAUAACUGGAAAAGUUCCACUUGAUUCUAAGAAAAGCUUGAUGGUGAUGUUACCGAAAAAAAGUAAUGCAACAAGAUGCUACGCUCCAGUGAACACAAGCAGUCAGUCCAGUUCGGCGAGUUCGGCUUGUUCAGCGGCGGUAGUUUCGGGCUCUCGCCACCAGGCGGCGCCACCAGCCGGCGGGCCUACUGCGCAUGCGCACAACGGCCAUGUGGUCUGCGAGAUCAAGCACGAGCCGGCGCACUCGCACUGCGCAGCUCAGUCGGCCGCCAGCCACCAUGUUGGCAACAUGGCGGCAGCAGGAGGGGGAGGCUACACGUCGUCGGCUGUCUCGCAGAAGAAGCGUCUGCUGGCCAAGGCUCAGUCAGAGUGCAUGCUCAACACAGUUGUCACCAAACAGGAGCCGCCUGGCGAGUUGCAUUAUCAGUCGGUUUGCCACGGAGGUGCAUCGUGUAAGGAGCCCUACCAUUAUGGAUCCCAUAUCAUCACCACUCAGGAUCAGCAUAUCGUCUAUGGAAGUAGCAGCGGCAGAGGUGGAGGCGGUGGAGGAGUGGGCGGUCAAGGGGGGAGCCACAAGGGGGGCCGAGGGGGCGGCGAUUACCCCCACCCCCACCACGUGGUGCAGCCCCCCGUAGCCCACAGCCGCAGUGAGCAGCCGCAUCACGUGAUCGCCGCAGCCGCAGCUGCGUUAUCGUGGCCGGCGCAGGCUAUACCUAUUCAUCAGGGUUACAGCACCGCUCACUUGUCGCCGCAACCACUGGGAGGCAGCCGCCUGUCCCCCUGGCGGGGCAACCCCUCUACCACCAGAGCGAGCUCUAUCGGCGCCAGGCGGCAGUCUACGUCACCACCACCCAACCGCCCACUGCCGCCUAUCUGCCCACGCAUCAGGUAGCACCGCCUUCAGCCGCCUUCACAUCCAGCCGAGCUCUGCCGCCCCCAGCUCACCACGCCUCGGCUCGACCACUGCUAGCUGCCGCACCCGCCGCCUCCACCGCCUCCACGGGCGGCCAUCACUCGGGAGGCGGC